GACAAAGCGGCAGCACCAGACCAGGACGGCGAAACGCAGCAGGAACUCGACGAGAAGAUCGCCAAAAGCAGAGCGGCGGCAUCAGACCUGUGGUACAACCCGGAGGAUGCUCCUGACUACGACUCCUGGGAUGUCCCAAAGGAUGCCAAGGCCUUCCUGCGACGCUUGGACGAACGGCUCGAGGAUAUCGAGGCGUUGGGGUCGGAAUUGAAGACGGUGCAAGGCGCGGCCGCGAGGUUAGAAGAGCUUCGGAGAGGUGUGCUGGAAGACCGCCAGGCCAUUCGCGAGAUCGUCUCUCGCGAGGCUGCAGAGAAGGACGACGUUUUGCAGAAGGCCGAACAGCAGGCUUGA